CAGCAUCCAUCCCCCAUAGCCUAGGCUAUAAAAGAGAGGGAGUGACACAGCACUUCAACAGAACGUACCGUUACUCUGGGAGGAACACAUUAUAGCGACAAUGGUCAAACUGCCGAAUUUUACGCGCCGGAGGGCGACUAUAGACGUUACAGAGAACGCAGAAGCGGCCUGCAGUCAAGUGGCUAAAAAAGCUGCGAAUGAUGGGAAGAAGUUCAAACCCAAGAUCAAACUUCCGUUCAAAGGUCUCCGAGGAACCAAAACUGGGGUGUGUGACAUAGACGCUGUUCCAGAAACAGUUCCGGUGGUGGUCCUGAGCUUUGAGGAGAACUUGCAUCGGAACCAUCUGGCUGAAGCCGGCCGGCAGCUAAUAGCGAGGGAAAAUGCAAUCUUCGGUUUGGGCACUGAUCAAGACUCGGUCGAUGUCGAUGGGAGAGCCAAAGAGAUAGACCAACUUCAGAUGGAUUACGAGAUGCUCCAGGUGCGUCAGUGGAUGGUUAUACAUGAAACGUUCGGGGACAAGCCCGGUGAGAAGCAUCUGACAGAAUUACGCAGCGCCGUGAUCUCGAUACUGCAGGAGGACGAACAGGACACACACUGGCUAGAACCUGAGGGACAACAAGUACCGGACUGGCGGCCGAGGCAGUGUCUGUUGAACCAUAACAACCUCCUCGAGAAGAUCGUGGACGCGCGGAUCAAUAAAGCGGAGGAUGAAGAAAAGGGCACAGACAAAUUGUCCACGGCCCUGAAGAAACAGGUGUGUAAGAUUGGAAAGAGGGUACAAUCAGAUCUACUAAAAGUCGUGAAGGACGUAAAACACUGUUACCCCGAUGAGCUAGAGAUCUGUAAAAUCUACGCCCGCUUGUAUCACCAAGCCUUCUCCAGGCGCCUGCGGGAGUUCGCCCAGACCAGCUUGGAUGUGGAGGACUGCACCUAUCUGCUUCUCUGGACCAACAGCUACUAUCCUACGGAUGUGUUGAAGCACAAGGAACUAAAGGAGCACCUAGACAGUGACUCUCUGGGGCCAUUGCUCUCAGAGGACGACAUCAAGCCUUUAGAGGAGCAGUAUCUGUCAUACAAAGAGGCUACAGUGAGAGACUGGCUCACCAACGCCCUGAGGACUGAGGAGGAGAGGUGGAUCCGUGGGGACUGGCCAGAGCAAAUAGACGGAUACUAUGUUAGCCAUUUAGCUAUCGACAUCAUUGGGUUGGCGACUCCACUUGCUCAAGAGGCCCUGACUAUUUUGGGAGACGACGUGAAAGUCCAGAGGCUGCAGUGCCCGCUGGAAAGCUUCUUAGUAAGCUACAAGAAGGCUUUAGAGGAUUUUUCAAAAGGACGCCGCGAGACUUCAAGAGCAGUUAUAAAGGCUAAUCUUGUCAGCAUUGAGCAGUUCAGGGAGUUUGUGGAAAAAAAGGAGAAGCUUUUUAAAGAGCAGACCAGGACCACUUGCUUGUCUAUACUGGCCAAACUCAAGGACUACUGCCACUCGUACUUCUUGUGUCCGAUACUCAAGGAGCUGAAGGUGCACUGUGGUAAUAUUUGGACGAACUCUUGGUUUUCGGCAAAGCAAGGGGUUCCAAACGAACUGGUGGGGAUCCUGGAAGGACAAAGCUACGAGUUCAGGGACCUCAAGCCUAUCUGCAGAGAGGAGCUACUGGGACAGCUCCACUUUGAAGUGAUCACGUAUUAUGUGAAGAAGCUACUUAAAAGGAAGAUGAAGCUGAAGGACCGUGAACAGCAGGAAGCUGCUGCUACGCUGCUGUGUGAGGACAGCAAAAAACUCAACACACUGUUUAUUGACAUGGGCUCUAAGAACAGCUGGCUGGACAAGGUCGUGUGUGAGUUGGCGGAGGUGGUCAGACUGCAGGACCCAGGAGCCAUCCAGCUGGAGAUCGUUACUCUAGCCAGAGAGCACCCUGACCUCAGUGAGAAGCACAUCCUUGCAUUGUUGUAUCUGAAAGCCCACCUCACGAACACGGAUAUUCGCCGGAUUCGGGAGAGCCUGUCGGAGAACCGAGGCACCUUGAGCAAGAGACCCGCUCCAGUUUUCUUCACCAAGGUUCCUGUCAAGUAGUUGGAGAAAAGCAGGCCACGCCUCAGCCUUACUAUGUGAUUUACUCACUUCUAGUCUAGUACCUAGAAAGGCUAAUGAUUUGAUAAAUAAACAGAUGUUUAUUUCAGUUAGCUACUGGAGAUAAUAACCUGUUGGUACUGUGUAGACUGUUAAUGACUAAGGGGAUGUAACAUUGAAAUUUGGUGUUUCGACAAAGCUUGGUCACUUUGUCAAGUAUUUGACUCAAAAACCAGGGUCAAUUUAUGUCCCCAUAUCAACAUCAGGUAUUAAAAUCCAUGGAACCAUGUCCUAUGGCAUGACACAGGAAUAUCUAUAAGCACAUCAUUAGUGAUCAUGGGUAACAUACCACUUAAACUCUACAAAUCCUUCAACAGCUGAAACGUUUAAUGUGGAGAAUGUGGAGACAUAACUCUCCAAUUGUGUUAUAUGGCCAUUAAUAAAUGGAGACGCUCAACUCUUGUUAAACAUUAAAUCGUUCCUUGAAGAGUUACAGAAGAUAGCCUGUAGCAGACUAUCCCAAAGCCUUGAAGACAGUUCAGCUAUUUCAGUUUAUACCAUUGAGUGCAUUAUUUGCUGAAAUUCUCCUCACAAUUUCACAGCAAUUCGUACAAUCUGCACAACUUCCAACUUAUCAGGACAGGGAGAUAUGAUAUUGGUUUACAUCUAGCUACACUACUAGCCGUAGAAAUGGACCAGGCACUAAUCAAACAUACAGGAUGCAGUGAGACUAACAACAAGGAAACUUUGUUUCCUUAGACAUUAUGGAGUGGGGUUUCCGUAUCAAUCUCCUGACCAUAAUGGUGACUCACUACUCAAGAGACUUCAGGUGGAAAAGCCUCUUACCGCCUGUCAGGAGAGUUGGGCUCUUCCCAGAAGCAGGGAGAUUUGUGUACGUUAUUUCCCGACCCCUACUAAAAGCUGGUGCCAGAGAUGGAUAGUAGAUCCCCCCCAUCCAGUGUGGAGAAGUAGAAUGUUCCUAAUUUACUGCAAAGGUCCCUUCUAACUUUUCUCCCACAUGGUCCGGGAAUUCUCCACGCAGGAAGAUGCUUGUUUAUUCCCUGUUUCUGUUUGAGUGGUCAUGGUCAAUUGGUGGGUACUGCAGUUUCCUUGUCAGUCAGUGAAAUGCUGUUCUGCGAGGCACAGACUAGUCUCCACCAAACUCAGUUACAGAAGAGUGAUUUCUUCUCUGUUUUGGAAGUUUGUGUGUGGCUGUUGUAAGGUAUUUAAAGCAAUUAAAGUAAAAAAAAAAGAAGUUGUUUUUCUUACACCUUCUUUUUUUCUGCGUAGCUGAAACACAACUCCUGCAGCAUGCUUAAUUAUGUGACAUCCUGAAUAAUUCACUGGCGGUGCAAUUGAAAUGGUCUGUCUUGGUUGUUAUGACGACAGGCGCUUGUACCGGACAGAUUGCCCAGUCGGUGGGGUAGACAUUCUCGCGAACAUGAAUUGAUGGCGGAGAGAGACGCGGUCCCGAAACACUGCUCUCCACUUCGCUGCUGUCUCAACUUCUUUCAACUCCCAUCUGCUCUUAGAAAUUUACGGAGAUAAGCUAAAUUCAAAUACUUAAUACAAAAUACAAAUAGGGAUUUAUUAUUUAUAUCCAGUGUACUGUAUAAAGUAUGUUCAGAUAAGUUCAUAUUUACAUAUCUUAACUAUGAUAUGCAUGCAUAUGCAGAGUUAAAUAAAUGCCUUUGACUUACAGUUUUAUAGACUUUUUAACUAAAGGUAUUUGCUUAGUGGAUUCUCUGUAAGCUGUUUUGUGUGGACUCCACUGUUGUAUAUUUUAAUUUGAAUGGCUGAGUUCUUCAGACCAGUUACUGCCUCAGAUAGCCUAAUCAAGCUUACUCAGUAAGAUUCACUUAUUUCCGCAAAAUGACAUAACUUAUUAUACUGUAGUAUAUUGUAGUAAAUAAUAAUAUACUAUGAUAGGCUCAGCGUAUGUGAUUCACAGAUGAUUUAUCAUGUGCUUUGAGGAGAGAGAGACUUGAGAAUACACAUUACACAUGAGAAUACC